CACCGACAGACAGACCCAGAGUAAUAAAAGAUCCCAUUAUAUCCACAGAGCACAGCGAAGCGAGCAUGGCGGGUCCCACCGUCUUAACGUGAGCGCCCCUCUUCUAGGCAGUUAGUGGCGUGCUUUCUCUCUCUCUCUCUCCCUCUCUCUCUCUCUCUCUCUCUGUAUACACUUCAAAAUAUCCCUCCAUCUAUUUUUACCAUCUUGGCCUCCGAAUCUCCCUCCACCUCUUUCUCCGCUCUCUUCAUAUACCCUCUCUCUCUCUUUGGCCAACUCUCUCUCUUAACAAAUCGAUCAAUUCGCUCCUCAAAUCUAAAUCUAGUUCAAAAUGAGAGAGAUCUUACACGUUCAGGGAGGCCAAUGCGGUAACCAGAUUGGUUCCAAAUUCUGGGAAGUUAUUUGCGACGAGCAUGGAGUGGAUCCUACCGGAAGGUACAGCGGAGAUGGCUCGUCGGAUCUCCAACUUGAGAGGAUCAAUGUCUAUUACAAUGAAGCUUCCGGUGGAAGGUAUGUUCCCAGGGCGGUUCUAAUGGAUCUUGAGCCUGGCACCAUGGACAGUAUCAGAUCCGGUCCUUAUGGACAGAUCUUCAGGCCCGAUAACUUUGUCUUUGGGCAGUCCGGUGCUGGUAAUAAUUGGGCCAAAGGUCAUUAUACUGAGGGAGCCGAGUUGAUCGAUGCUGUUCUCGAUGUUGUUCGCAAGGAGGCUGAGAAUUGUGAUUGCUUGCAAGGUUUUCAGGUAUGCCACUCACUUGGAGGAGGCACGGGUUCAGGCAUGGGAACUCUUCUCAUCUCAAAGAUCAGAGAGGAAUAUCCAGACCGGAUGAUGCUCACAUUCUCUGUUUUCCCUUCACCAAAAGUCUCAGACACAGUUGUGGAGCCAUACAAUGCCACUCUCUCUGUGCAUCAGUUGGUAGAGAAUGCUGAUGAAUGCAUGGUGCUUGACAAUGAAGCCCUUUAUGACAUCUGUUUCCGGACUCUGAAGCUCAGCACUCCAAGCUUUGGUGACUUGAACCAUUUGAUCUCUGCAACUAUGAGUGGUGUAACGUGCUGCUUGAGGUUCCCAGGACAGCUCAAUUCCGAUCUUAGGAAGCUGGCUGUAAAUCUGAUCCCAUUCCCGCGUCUCCACUUUUUCAUGGUAGGGUUUGCCCCACUUACUUCUCGUGGAUCCCAACAAUACAUCUCCCUUACUGUCCCGGAGCUUACUCAGCAAAUGUGGGAUGCUAAGAACAUGAUGUGCGCUGCUGAUCCCCGCCAUGGCCGCUACUUAACUGCCUCAGCUAUGUUCAGGGGAAAGAUGAGUACCAAGGAGGUGGAUGAACAGAUGAUUAAUGUGCAGAAUAAAAAUUCCUCUUAUUUUGUGGAGUGGAUUCCUAACAAUGUGAAGUCCAGCGUGUGCGAUAUUCCUCCAAAGGGUUUGAGGAUGGCAUCAACCUUCGUGGGGAACUCCACAUCAAUCCAGGAGAUGUUCAGGAGGGUAAGUGAGCAAUUCACAGCCAUGUUCCGUCGCAAGGCCUUCUUGCACUGGUAUACUGGGGAAGGGAUGGACGAAAUGGAAUUCACUGAAGCAGAGAGCAACAUGAAUGAUUUGGUGGCAGAGUACCAACAAUACCAGGAUGCAACUGCUGAGGAGGACGUUGAGUAUGAGGAGGGCAUGGAAGAUAAUUAUGAGCAUGAGGGUUAAGAAGCUUAGUUACUGAGGUGUGGCUAACGAGAGGUUUAAUGAGUCACCUUCCUCUGUUCAUGUAUCUACUAGCGUUUGGAUGUCAGUGUUUUCUGUAUUGUUUGAUCUUCUGUUUCCUGAGGUGGUAUUGUCAGUUUGUUAUAUCAAGCAUUUGAAUAAACAAAUUUUCAUGUUUGAUGGGGGCCAAUCAAUAUUCCCAUUCCAUUGGUGUAUUUCUGAAAGCACCCAGGGGUUAAUGAAUGUUAAAUACCAAUCUAUUUCUUUUUGUAAAA